AAUUAAAAGCAUCGAAAUUCAUUUUUAAAAGUAUACUAACAUACAGAUUAUUAGAAAUAACAUUAUUUAGAAAUUUGGUAGAAAAAUGCAAGUGGAUUUACAAAAACGUGAAGAUACUCAAACCACAAUAUUAGCAUUAUUACUUACACGUAAAGGAGGACAUACUUUACGACAGCUAAAUAAUGAAUAUUAUGACUUAGAAGGCGAACAUAUACCAUGGAAAGAAUUAGGAUAUAACUCUUUAUUAAGUCUUUUAUAUAGUAUGUCAAAAACAGUACAAAUAAAACAUCAAAAUAAUACAAUUAUCAUACAAGGUAUUGCUUCUGAAAAAUCCAAACAUGUUAGUGAAUUAGUAGCAGGUCAAAAAGUUCAAAAACAAUUAGUUAAGCGAAAAGUAUAUAGACCAAACCACUAUUUUCCUACAACUGCACCUCCUAGAAUUCGCAUACCAGCUGAAAUAUUAAGUAAGAUAAUCAAUAUAAUUAAUGAUCAUCCAGAUGGGAUAAAUAAGGAUUAUGUGCUUAAUGAAAUUCAUUUAUCUAUACCUUUUGCAAACAUUACUAUGAAGGACAUGGAAGAACAGUUACAAGAAUUAUCACAUAUGAUUUUUCAAACGAAUAAUAAGAUUUAUCCAAUUCAGUCUAAAGUUAAAAAUUUUAAUAAUGCAAAAGACUGCAAUGAUAUAUCUCACUCUAAAUCGAAAUCAAUUAUGACUGUUGCUGGAAAUGAAGAUUCAGAUGAUAUAUUACAUGAUGAAGAAGAUAUUUUUGAAUUUAUACAUCCUAAUUCUAUAUAUCAGUUUGAUCAAGCAAAGUCAAAAAUCAAAUUUACAUCUACUUUUACAGAGGAAACUACAUCUAAAUGGCAAGAUCAAGAAAUAGAACAUAUAUCAAUAGAAGAAACACAUCAUAAUAAUGACAUUGAUCCUAUUAAAAAUAAAAAACUUGAUAUAAUAAAAGAUAAAGAAAACAUUUUACAUAAGAAAAAUGUUGAAAUACUUAUAAAUGAAAAAAUAAAAUUACGUUUGGAAAAACUUAUUGAAAACCAGGUUGAUGGAAUUUGGUGUGCCGAUUUACCUGAAAAAUAUCUAGAAGAAUAUAAAGUUCCUUUAAAUUAUAUAGAACUUGGUUUUAAUAGUGUUAGAGAAUUUGCAUCACAGUUACCUGAAAUCUUUCACUGUAUUCAGCCUUAUGAUACAGGAGAUUUCAAGCUUUAUUAUGCAAAAAGCGAAAUACCUUCAAACAAAAUAAUAAAGGAACCUAAAGAUAGUAAUAUUGCAAAAUAUUAUAUCUAUGAAUCAACUGAUGAAGCAAUUCCAGCAUCAGUGUCACUUGAUACAUGUAAAUUGUUAAUACCAGAUACUGUAAUGAGUAUUGGAGAAUAUGUAGAGCAUAUAAAUGUUACUGAUUUAGCACAGAAUGAGCAACUUCUUGUAGAAGUUAUUGUUGUAGAAGUUUUCACACCUUCAUUCUUUUGGAUUCAACUUCGUAAAAAACAAAAUAUAUUUAAAACGUUUAUGAAUGAUUUAAAUAAUUUUUAUGCAGUGCAAUAUGAACAAUAUAUAAUCCCACCAGUUGUACUAGAAAAAGGUUUAAACUGUGUAUGUAUAUAUAAUGGAAUAUGGCAUAGAGGAAUAAUUAAAACUGUAAAACCAGAUUUUCAAGUCACUAUAAUGUUUUAUGACUAUGGAACAUUGAAAACAUAUUCUCCAGAUGCAGUAUAUUACUUACAUAGAAUGUUUUCCACCUUACCAGCGCAGGCAAUACCAUGUGGUUUAAUUAAUACAAGACCUUAUAAAGCAUCUAAAUGGUCCCGUAGUGCUACUCAUUAUUUUGCACUAAGAACAAAUGAUAUACCUUUAGUUGCAACAAUUGCAACAAUUAAUACAGAGGAUAAUUCAAUGAUGGUAACUUUGACUGACACAUUAGAAGAUGAAGAUGUGCACAUUAAUGACUGGUUAGUGGAACAAAAGCUAGCAGAACAUGGAAAAAUGGUUUGUAUAAAAAAACGGAAUUUUCCAUUUCGUUAUUAUUUAGAAUGUCAAGAACGUUCUAAACGACAAAAAUUUAUCGACAUUUCCAAAACAAGAAUAAAUUCUCUAAAUAAAACACAUAAUUUAAAUUUUGAUAUGGAUUCAUUUCAUAGAAGUAAUUUUAGUGAAAUAAAUAAUAAGGAAAAUUUAUAUAAUGAAUUGAUUUCAUAUACAGAAAAGAAUAAAACAUCAGAAUAUUUUGAAUCUACUAAUUCUCUUAAAAAUGAUUUUUCAAUUGAAAAACCAUAUAAUUCUAUUACAAAUUCUGAAAAAAAAUCUCCAAGAAAAAUGGGAUCUUUGUGUGAAAUAUUAUUAAAUCUUAAAUUGAAAUCCAUUAAUUCUACCAAAAUUAGUAAUGAUAAUAAAAAUAAUAAUAAUCAAAUUUGCGAAACAAUAGAAAAUAAAGAACACUUAGAUUCUGGUUUUAGAUUAAAUAAACCUGUAGAACAGAAAUCGUAUGAAGAGUUUGUUACAUGUCAUGAUAAUAUAAACUGUAAUAACACUACAACCAGUACUUCGUCUAUUAAUAUGUCUGUUAACAACAGAAGAAAUAAUAAAAUGUUAGAUAAUAAAUGCGAUAUUUUAAAAAAGUAUAAUAUUCCUAAACAAUAUGCUAAUCAUUUUGAUAUACAAGAAUCAGAAGAUGAAUUAGAUAAUAAUGACGUAAACAACUCUACUGAAAUGAAGAAUAUAGAUUGGUCUAUUAUUUGGAAAAAUGCAAUACAAGAAACGAAAUAUAUAUCACAAAAAAAUGAAUUUGAAAUAUCUCAUGAAAUAAUUCCUAGAAAACAAAGUAAUAUAUCCUUAGCUGAAAACGUUUUUUUGAAAGUAGUAUAUAAUAGUUCUUAUUUUAAUUUAUGUGAUAAAGAUAUACAUUGGUCACCAAGUGGAAAUAUUACUAAAAUAUCGAAUGUAUCUCCAUUAAUUUUAAAAAAUAUUAAAAAGCAUAAAAAGAGCAUAAAAAAUAAUAUGAUAGUUGUUAUACCACAAAAAAUAUUGGAGACUUUGAUAGACGAAAAAUUACUUAAAGCAUCUAAAAGUGCAAAAGAAAUGCAAUCUAUCUAUGUGAAUUCAUCACAAAAAAUUAACGAUACUAGUAUUGAACACAGUGUAAAGUAUACAAACAAUGAAAUAUUUGAUAAUAAAAAUGUUGAAAAUUUAGAAAAUUAUAAACAUAAUAAUUACAUUUGCAUGAAAAUAAUGGCUUCUAAGCAAAAAUUAUUGGAGAAAUUAUUAUCAAUAAAAGAUAUAUCAAGUGAUAUUUCAAGUUUAGACUCAGACGAUUUAAGCACAUCAGCAGAAUCUAUAUCAUUUCAUUGUAAUAUUAAUAAUGAUAAAUGUAAAAAAUAUGAACAUAAUACAAAUGUUCAUAAGAGUGCAUCAAAUCAGUCUUUGUCAGAAAUUGACGUCAAUUGUCUUGUUAAAAUAGAAGUAAUAGAUUCAAAUAUACAGGAAUCAUUUAAGUCUGUAAUUAAUAAUUUGAAAAUAUAUGAGACAGGAGAAACAUCCAACAAACUAAUUAACCAAUUAACAGAAGAUUUAGCAACAUGUUCACAGCAAUCAACAAUAAUAGAAAGAUCAGAUUUGAUAAAAAACCUUAAUUGUGCACAAGAAUUAUCAUUAAAUAUAGAAAUAAAAGAAACAAUAGAACCAAAGAAUGUAGAAAUGAAAGAAACAAUAGAAACAAUAGAACCAAAAAAUGUAGAAAUUAAAGAAGCAAUAGAACCAAAAAAUGUAGAAGUUAAAGAAGCAAUAGAAUCAAAAAAUGUAGAAGUUAAAGAAGCAAUAGAACCAAAAAAUGUAGAAGUUAAAGAAGCAAUAGAACCAAAAAAUGUAGAAAUUAAAGAAGCAAUAGAACUAAAAAAUAUAAAAGUUAAAGAAGCAAUAGAACCAAAAAAUGUAGAAGUUAAAGAAGCAAUAGAACCAAAAAAUGUAGAAGUUAAAGAAGUAAUGGAAUCAAAAAAUGUAGAAAUAAAAGAAGCAAUAGAACCAAAAAAUGUAGAAAUUAAAGAAGCAAUAGAACCAAAAAAUGUAGAAAUUAAAGAAGCAAUAGAACCAAAAAAUGUAGAAAUUAAAGAAGCAAUAGAAUCAAAAAAUGUAGAAAUAAAAGAAACAGUAGAAUCAAUGAAAGAAUUAUUUUUAAAUACAGAAACUACACAAACAGAAAAGAUACAAUCUGAAAUUAAUACAGUAAAUGAUACAGAAAUGUCCAACAUACCAGUUUUUAAUGAUAUUGAUGAAGAAGAAUUUGAUGAAGAAGAAUGGGAUGUACAUAUAACAUCUGAGCUUUGUGAUUUUUUUAAAAAUAUUUAUAUUUCUAAUAAGAGUAUUAAAAAUAAAUUCAAUCAGAAUGAAUAUGAUUCGAAUUUAAAUAUAGUAGAAAUAGAUAAUUCAAAUUCAAUUGAAAAUGUAGAUAGUAUAGAAACGUAUAAAAAUGCAAAACAUGAUACCUAUGAAGUUAUAUACUCAGAUAAAAUUACUAAUCAGGAAGAUGAAAUAGAAAACUUAGUGAAUAAAAGUUCCCAAUUUAAUAAUCACAUAUCCAUAACAGAUACUGAAAAACGUUUAGAGAUAAAUAAUAAAUGUAUAUUUAAUACAAAUUGCAAGGUAAAGCAAGAACAUUAAUAAAAAUGCUAAAUAAAGCAAAAUUAUGGCAAAAAGAUUGUUAAGAGAUAAAUGUUAACAGGUUUAAAUUAAUAUGCUAGGUUUUAAUAUAAGAAAUUCAAAGAAACCUAAAAUUUCUAAUUCUUUUAAUUCCCGCUUGUUUUUAAUUUAAUUUUUUUUUUUCUUACAAUACAUAUAAUCAAAUAUUGUUUUUAUUAUAUUCUUAUGCUUUUAUUCACUGUAAUUGCUUUUUAUGAUUACAGUAUACUUUUUUUCUGAUGACAAAACAAAUUGUUUUUCUUUUUUUUGGGGAAAAAUACAACCUUUAUGUUAUUACAAAUCUUGUAUUAUUACUUAUAUAAUAAAAGUUUUUAGAUAAAAAAUCAACCGUCUAUAUUUUACUGUAUACCAAUAGCUCUAUAGUAUUUUCAUGCAAUGCAUAACUGUCUCAUAAAGAAGUAAUUUUUCCCAAAUUAAUUGUUUUAUGUACAUAUUG